AUGUUGACGAUAAAAAUAAAUUUCCUCUUGCUCCUGUUUCUUAGUCCAUCUCUUAUCUACUGUGUCACUGGUGCAAGGCCGAGAAUAGUUGGAGGUGAAUUUGCUGAUCCUGGUGAAUUUCCCUAUGUAGCUGCAAUCCAAUUUCUUGGGGACGGUUGCACUUACGCUAAUUGUGCUGGUAGUAUACUGGACGAGUAUCAUAUCAUCACAGCUGCUUUAUGUGUGAUCGAUGAAGAAACAUGGGGAUUAGACAAUCUGCAAAUCACAAUAGGAGCAGGUACAACGUCUUUGAGAGAUAAAAAAAUUGGUGUUUAUCGCGACGUCGAGGAAGUAUUUAUACCACUUUCGUUUACACACAAUAGAGAAAAUCAGACGCUUGAUGAUAAUAUAGCAAUUUUGAAGUUGAGACAUCCAUUACCUCUGGCUGAUUAUGAAACCUUGGGUGUAGUUCAAUUACCCAAAGCUAAUGAGUAUCUACCACCUGAUACAUUCAACGGCAUAACUGCAGGUUUCGGUGAUCAUUCACAAAUUUUACAUUUGGACACUAACGAAUUAGAAGCAGGCCCAUCAGAUCAGUCUUUGAAAUACGCUAGCGGUGUCAUAAACGCUAUUGAUGAUUUUUACGGAUGUAAACCUACAGAGGUGUGCUUCAAGAGUUUCGGAUUUUUAAACGGACACUUGGAAGGAAUCUGUGACGGCGACAGUGGCGGUCCUCUUGUAAUCGAGAAUACUAAUAUUCUCGUUGGAAUCACUAGCUUUUAUGAAGGCGAUAAUAAUUAUUGUGGGCACUAUGGAAAAUUUACAAGGGUCAGCUCGUACUUGGAUUUCAUCAAGAAGGUGCUCGAUAAUGAGAUCGAUGAAACGAUUUCGUCUGUGAAACUAACUUUACACCAUGAAGAUGCGUUUCCAUAUAUUCCUCAUUGCCACUAAAAUAUAUAUCACCGUAAUCGCAAUUUUCCAAUGCAAAUAAUGCCUAUAGA